ACGUCAAUAAUCAUGUCCUGGCAGACACUGGAGGCUAGGAGAGUAGCUAAAACCUGCCAGCUGUGCAACCUGGUGUCGCUUUCGAAGAAGUGGUCUUCACAAUUGUACCCCCUGGAAUCAUCAAGUAGGCCCGCUGCGGAAUUUUGCGCCAGCUGCCUUAGCCUGGCUGAUGCUCUCCAGGAUCCUCCUGAGGUUCCCGUCAAAGUCCAUCGCCCAUUGGUUCAGGGUGCUCACCGCCACAGUCACAAUUCGCCCCAUCUGGAACCAACAAAAGACUGUCAAAGGACUCUAAAAGAAGUUGCUAGGGAGCGGGAGUGGGAGUAG